CAUCAGACUGAAUGUGACCGUGCGAAAUGUCUGUAUUGCCAUGUGCCUUUUUUUAUUCUCGAUUACAUGGCGAGUAGACACGCAUGACUCUACUAAAUUGUUCUGAACAAUUUGACCGGUAGCAUCGACAAAAACACUAUCCAAUAAUGCUGGCGUAUGCACGGUUUGUUAACCUUUUAAAUCAGUCAAAAAUACAUAUCAGACAUGUCACUACUUGGUCUCCCGUCGGAGCUGCUUUCAAUGCACAACAGAGAAAGGUGGACAUUUUCCAUAAAAACGUGGGACUGUUUGGAGUACCUGAACUGAGUACUCCGUCUGGCUUCCAGGUGGCGAAAAACAGAGUACUCAAGGAGACUGAGUUUCUUGUGAACGAAGCCUGCACAAACUCUCCUGGAGCCUUGACUGUGGAGACAUUCGACAAACUGUCCAAUAGUCUGUGCCAAGUGGCAGAUUUGGCAGAUUUUAUUAAAGUGGCUCAUCCACACGCCGGAUUCAGAGAGGCGGCUGAAAGGACCUGUAUUGAUAUUGGCACAGUUGUUGAAAAGUUAAACACAAAUGUGGAUUUGUGUCAGAGCCUGAAGAAUUUGUUAGACGACAAAGAUGUUUUGGCCACCUUGGACCCUGAGACAAGGAGAGUGGCUGAGCUAUUCAUGUUUGAUUUCGAGAUUAGCGGAAUUCAUCUCGAUGAAGAAAAGAGGAAGAAGGCUGUCGCUCUGAACGUCAAACUCUUGGAUCUGAACAAUGAAUUCCUGAUGGGCUCUCACACGCCAACCCAGAUAGAUAAACGGGUCCUGCCAGAACAUAUUCGCCACUGCUUCUCCAUCGAUGGCAAUUACAUACAGAUUGGCAGCCUGCACGCAGACUCUCCAGAUGAGCUGGUGCGGGAAGCCGCAUACAAAAUCUUUCUCUACCCAAAUUCUAACCAGCUGCUUUGCCUUGGUGAGCUUUUGGCUUGCAGACAUGAACUGGCAAAUCUAGUGGGCUAUGAGUCGUUCGCGCAUAGAGCUCUGAAAGGCACUAUGGCUAAAACCCCAGAGACUGUAAUGAAGUUUUUAAAGCUGCUGUCAGAGAAACUCUGGGACAGAACAGCAAGAGAUUUCAGGAUGAUGAGCGAGAUGAAGAAGAAAACACAUUCAAGAAAUCGAGAGCUCAUGCCGUGGGAUCAUCCCUACUUCAGCAGUGCUAUUCGCUCUGAACGAAGUAACAUUGAGCCAGGCCAGUAUAGCCCUUACCUGUCUCUGGGUGCCUGCAUGGAGGGCCUGAACCACCUCUUCACUCAGCUGUUCCAGGUCUCAUUCCAGGCUCAGGAGCCCAAGCCUGGGGAGGUAUGGAGCGAUGACGUUCGAAAGCUGGCUGUGGUUCAUGAGACUGAGGGGUUGCUAGGAUACAUCUACUGCGAUUUUUUCCGCAGGCUUGACAAACCACAUCAGGACUGUCACUUCACUAUCCGCGGCGGGCGGCUGAAGGAGGACGGAGAGUACCAGCUCCCCGUGGUAGUGCUCAUGUUGAGUCUGCCUCCCCCUAGUGGCAACACCCCGUCACUGCUCACCCCGGGGAUGAUGGAGAACCUUUUCCAUGAGAUGGGACACGCCAUGCAUUCUAUGCUGGGUCGGACCCGAUACCAGCACGUCACAGGAACCAGAUGCGCCACAGACUUUGCAGAAGUUCCUUCCAUUCUCAUGGAGUUCUUCGCCAACGAUUACCGCGUUGUGAGUCAGUUUGCCCGACAUUACCAGACAGGAGAGCCUCUUCCUGAAAGCAUGAUCUCUCGUCUGUGUGAAUCGAAGAGGCUUUGUGGAGCGGCUGACACUCAGUUACAGGUGUUCUAUGCUGCUUUGGAUCAGGUUUAUCACGGUAAACCUCAAAACAAAACAACCACCGACAUUCUCAGAGACAUUCAGGAGAAGUUUUACGGAUUACCUUAUGUUCCCAACACGGCUUGGCAUCUGAGGUUCAGUCACCUGGUUGGCUAUGGUGCUAAAUACUACUCCUACCUCAUGUCCAGGGCUGUGGCCUCCAUGGUGUGGAGGCAGUGCUUUCUCAGGGACCCCUUCAACAGGGACAUGGGUGAACGCUAUCGCAGAGAGAUGCUCGCCCACGGAGGUGGAAAGGAACCCAUUCUUAUGGUUAAAGGGAUGCUGCAGAAGUCGCCCACUGUAGAAGACUUUGUGGAUGCUCUAGUGUUAGACAUUGACUCUGAUUCCAGUCCUGCUUGAGCCCCUGAGGACACCAGCGCUGGACCUUUUUAAAACUUUUUAUGGUGUUAAAUAAAAAGGGACAACAUUGUUGUGCAAUAGGGAAGUUAUGAAAAUGUUUGAAGAUAUUUUAUCAUACACUGUUGUGAAUUUGCUGUGGCCAGUAAAAACACUGAACAAAAAACAACUUGUUAAAUCUCUGAGAGCACUCUUUGAAAUAUUUUAUUGCAGUGUCAAAUGACACUCACGGGGUUGGAUGUCUUUACUACACAAACCGAACUCAGUGGACAACAGAUUGCCUCACAAACCAUGUCAUCAUAUUUGACAUGUUUUAUAUACAUACAGUA